AUUGAGUGGCGUCAUGGUCAUGGCAAUUGACAGGCCACCAUUGCAUUUCCGCCCACAAAUCUUGACCGGUAGUCUUGCGUCCAUAAUUAUUGUCAGAUCGGUUUCAUCCCACGAUCAGAAAUUCGAGACAUAUUCUAAUGUCCUCUGCACACGACGGUCAUCACGAAUAUUAUAUACACGAGAAGAAGAUGCUUCAACAGAUUAACUAUUGCUUUUACGGCUCCUUAUAUGCUAUAGCCUAUAAAUAACCAUCCAUAACGUUUAGAAAUUCCCAGAAAAGCCUCUGCCCUCCCUCCAGAAUUCUUCAGCUAUAUCCUUCCAUACACCUAGAUCUAGAAAAUAGCAAAAAAGAAAUGUCUCUUCCGAUUUCAGGAGUCCCUUUUCCUUCUCCUGCCGAAGAAACAAGCCCAGUCGCUGAACGCCGAUCAGCAAUUUUUCAUCCAACCAUAUGGACGGAUUACUUUCUGAAAUAUGCUUCCGACUCCACCUCUACGAGUUCUGAGGGCAUAGUAGAGGAACAAAUUAAGAGAUUGAAAGGAGAAGUGAGGAAGAUGUUGACAGGUGCUAUGGAUAAGCCAUCACAGAAGUUGAACUUGAUUGAUCGGAUCCAACGCUUGGGACUUGCCGACCAUUUUGAACAUGAGAUAGAUGAGCAGUUGGAACAAAUCCAUAGAAGCUAUUUCGCGUUUCACUGUGAGGAUAACAACAACAACCUACACACUAUUGCUCUUCUCUUUCGCUUAUUACGACAACAAGGUUACAAUGUUUCAUGUGAAAUCUUUAACAGGUUUAAGGACAACGAAGGGAAUUUCAGCAAAUCAAUCAUUGCCGAUGUGCAGGGGUUGCUAAGUCUAUAUGAAGCUUGCCAUCUAAGUUAUCAUGGCGAGGAUAUUUUGAACGAUGCACUCACUUUUACUAUAACUCACCUUGAAUCAAUUGAUAAAAGAAAAAGUGAGCCUAAUCUUGAAAAACAAGUGAGUCAUGCCCUACAUCAGCCAAUCCAAAAGGGUCUACCAAGGCUAGAGGCAAGGCGUUACAUUCAAUUCUACCAAGAGGAGCCUUCGCAUAAUGAAGUCCUGCUCUCCUUGGCUAAGCUUGAUUUCAACUCAUUGCAAGAGCAACACCGGAAGGAACUUGGCAACCUUGCCAGGUGGUGGAAGGAUAUAGAUAUAGAGAGGGAGUUCCCAUUUGCUAGAGACAGGCUUGGGGAGCUGUAUAUCUGGAAUUUAGGAGUUCAUUUUGAGCCGGAGUACGAGAUCUCUAGAGGAAUAUUAACCAAAAUGAUGGCCAUUCUGACCAUUCUCGACGACAUCUAUGAUGUCUAUGGCACAAUUGAAGAAUUAGAACUCUUCACAGAAGCAAUUGAAAGGUGGGAUCUCGAUGCCAAAGAAGGAUUGCCAGAGUGCAUGCAAGUGAUUUAUAAGAUACUUCUUAAUUUUUAUGAUGAAAUUGGCUACGAGUUGACUAGAAAAGGAAGAUCAUACUGCCUCUUCUAUGCAAAAGAAGCGAUGAAAAUUCAAGUGAGAGCGUACUUGGCCGAAGCCAAAUGGUUCCACCAUAGUCACGUACCGACGAUGGAGGAGUACAUGCCCAUCGCAUUAACAACCUUUGGUAAUCAAUUGGCAUUGGUGGCAUCGUUUCUGGGGAUGGGAGAUAUUGUAACCAAAGAUGUUUUUGACUGGUUAUUAUUUAGCGACCCUAAGAUAGUGAAGGCUUCGCAAGUAAUUGGUCGGCUUAUGAACGACAUUGCUGGACACAAGUUUGAGCAAGAGAGAGGUCAUGUGGCAUCUUCAGUGGAGUGUUUCAUGAAGCAAUACAAAGUCACAGAGGAAGAGGCAAAGAAGGAACUCCGUAAACAAGUGGCUGAUGCAUGGAAGGACAUUAACCAAGAGCUGCGCCGUCCGACUGCCAUUCCCAUGGUACUCCUCAUGCGAAUUAUCAAUCUUGCAGGAGCCAUUCAUGCGGUAUAUGAAGAUGAAACAGAUAACUUCGUUAAUGCUGGAACCAAUUUCAAGGAGUUUGUCACUUGUCUACUCGUCAAUCCAUGCCAAUGUGAUGUGUUGAAAGAUGAAGUUUAAUAACCUAGCCAUCAUCGAUCGCGUCAGACAUUUCCGAACAAUUUGAAUUGUGGUUAACACACGGUCACUGCUCUUUUCUGGCCCGAGAGCCCCUUUUAUUCUAGUGGAUUUCGAAUAAAAUAAAACAAGAGGAGUCAGUGAAAAAUGUGAUGAUGGAAUAUAUUGAUGUGCUAUAAUAUGAGUGGUUCAUUUUCUCUAUCAAUAUCAAAGAUAUUUUAUUUGUCA